AUGUCAUCGCCAUCAUCAUCAUCCACAUGCUCAUCUAUAGAGGACUUUUAUCAGCACAAUAGCAGCUCCACCCCCACCGCCACCUCCAAUAAUAACGACGCCAAUGAUGGACUCAUGCAUGAAUACCAGCAAUUUCCAUCAAUAGAAGAGUUCAACAGCAUUGUCAAUGGCUACUUGCAAAAUCUAUCCUCCAAGAAGCGAGACAAAGCACUGGUGGACAGCCAUCGAUACUCAUUGAUAUUGCAAGUGCUCAAAGAUCCUCGCAACACAGCCAUUUCCACUGCUCAGUUUCGAUUCUGGGUCAAGAAGAUGUUUCGCUUAACUACCACCGACCAUAUGGAGUUUGUGUGCCAUGACAAUAAACCUGUGGCUACUCGAGAAGACAUUUACAACAUCCUGAUCAUUGCACAUAAAGAAGCGCAUCAUGGUGGCAGAGAUAAAACAUCGGCGUUGGUGCGCAAAAGAUACUCCUGGAUACCCAAAGAGCUGAUUGCUCGUUUUGUAAGGCAUUGCCCAUUCUGUAUCUCGAGGCGCAAUGGAUGUCAGCAAUCUUCGUCGUCGGCAUCCUCUGCUUCAGCUGCUGCUGCUGCUGCUGCUGCUACUGCUGCCAUGAUGUCCAAAGCAUCUCUCCCCAUCUAUACACCUCCUUCACCGCUUUGUAGCAAUGCCCUGAAUGAUUUCUUUCGUCGUCCGCAUCGAACACUAUCGUCGUCUGGUGUAAAGCGAAAAAGAUACUCGCCUUACAGUAAUCAUCACUAUAGCCCUGCCUUGAUAUCAAUGGCUGCUACUGUAGCUACGUCUGCUGCUGCUGCUGCCGUCGCUUCCACUUUUAUAUGCUCUUCUCAUUCGGCAACACCUACACCACAAGACGACACAGAUUUUGAUUUCUUUUACGGCCAUCAUCACCCACAACAUGAUCAACCAAGCGCCACCAAAAACUUGUUUAGCAAUAGCAGCGACUCUUAUACCUAUCUACUACAGCAGCAACAGCAAGGCAGCACAACACAUUCAGUGACCACCGCCGCCUCUGUUGCUACUGCUGCUGCCAUGGCUGCUGUCAACUCGUCUCAACACCGUCACCACCACCACCACCCUCAUCAUCAAAUGCCAUCAUCGCCUACAUCCAUUUCAUCCGAUUCAUCCGUGCAACAGCAAGACUUCAAUGCCACGUUUCAAUCAGCAAUAGCUGCUGCUGCUGCUAUCGCUGCGAAUAGCAAUGAUGACAGCAAGUUCUUUGUAGACUCUCCUCCUCCUUCCUCCUGCUCCACGUCAGAUGAUGCCUCCUCCAUGGAUGCUGUUACUAAUAAUAUUCCCAGUCCUGAUUCCUUUUCAGAGCAUUGUAAGCUCAUGAAGCAAUUAAUUGAAUGA